UCGGGCGCCAGCGGGCAGCAGUGGAGCCAGCCAGCAGAAGCCAAGCUGCAGGACUGGGGCUGCGCAGGAGCUCUGCAGCGAGAAGCUGCAAGCUGGGGAGCAUUCUCAGUUUCUUUAAUACUUCUCUUAUUAAACACUUCUUUCUUUUUGGCCGCCACAAGUUGGAAGAGCAGGGUGAUUCAAAUAAUUGGCACAGAGGUUUCAUUUCUGGCCCUUGAAGUAGUUCUGAGCAAGUCAUUCAACGGCAUCCACGAGGACAGGGCUAGUUCAGCUUCUGGCUCUGCUUCAGGCAAGCAGAGCCCUCUUGGAGCCAACCUGAAGCCGCAGGAGGAGGUGCAGUGGAAGUGAUGGCACUGUCCAAGUCCUGGACUAAGGUAGCAUCUCUGGGUCUGAUUUUCCCUGUGGCUCAGAGAUCCUAAGUUAUAGCCACCAUGAUGGAUGAUGACACUGAGUUGAGGACUGAUGGAAACUCUCUCUUAAAAGCUGUGUGGCUAGGAAGGCUUCGGUUGACCAGACUCCUCUUAGAAGGGGGAGCUUACAUCAAUGAAAGCAAUGACAAAGGAGAAACAGCUCUCAUGGUGGCAUGCAUUACCAAACAUGUGGACCAGCAAAGUAUUAGCAAGUCUAAGAUGGUAAAGUAUCUGUUGGACAACAGGGCAGAUCCCAAUAUCCAGGAUAAGUCUGGUAAGACUGCGCUCAUCCAUGCUUGCAUCAGAAGGGCUGGGGGAGAAGUGGUGUCCUUACUGCUGGAGAAUGGAGCAGACCCCAGUCUUGAAGAUCGAACUGGGGCCUCGGCUCUGGUUUAUGCAAUAAAUGCAGAUGACAAGGAUGCACUGAAGCAUCUCCUUGAUGCCUGCAAAGCCAAAGGUAAGGAAGUGAUUAUUAUAACAACAGACAAAUCAUCUUCAGGCACCAAAACCACCAAGCAGUAUCUCAAUGUCCCUCCAUCACCCAAAGUGGAAGAUAGACAGUCACCACCACUGUGUGCAACUCCUUCUGACAUUGAACUGAAAGCUUCUGGCCUGGGAUCUCCACCCAGUGAGAGGGAUGAUGACUUCUUCAUCCUGCAAAAGGGACACCAAAGUGGCUGUAGUACUUCUAAGGUCCUCAAUGAGCCUGGAUCACCCACCAGGAAAGUGUCUAGCCUCAAAAGGGCCCGUUUGCCCCAACUGAAGCGACUCCAAUCUGAACCCUGGGGCUUGAUUGCUCCCUCUGUGCUGGCUGCCACCGCUCGCCAGGAUGAAACCCAUGGCACAAGCGCAGACAGUGAGGUCAUCAGGAGCAUCAAUGACAUGACCUUCCCUAAAAGGGGGCCCCUCUCCAGAGCCAACAGCAUUGACAGUAAAGAUCCCACCCUCUUCCCCACAGUCCAGGAACAAGUUCUGAAGGUUUCAGCUUCAACACCUGCUUCGUGGAAAGGAGCUUAUGAGAAAGGCCAGGCUCCCCACCCACGCCUGGCCCGGAGAGGAACGCUUCCUGUUGACCAAGAGAAGGGUGGGAUGUGUCCACCAGGAUCCUCAACUCUGAAAGAUCCAGCAUCUCUCAAGCUGUUGGAAAGUGACCUCUAUGACUUAGAUAUACAGGCAGGGGGUGACCCACCCAACUCUAUAUCCCUUGAGUCUGGCAAAGGACCUUUAGAUAGAAAGAAGCUCAACAACUCCCACUUGUCUCUUUUCCAUGGCUCCCGGGAGUCUCUGGAUGCUGUGCCAAGCACAUCUCCCAGCUCAGCUCGUCGCAGGCCACCUCAUCUUCUAGAAAGAAGAGGUUCUGGAACUCUCUUACUCGACCGCAUUGCUCACACGAGGCCUGGCUUUCUGCCCCCUUUAAAUGUGAAUUUAAAUCCACCUAUCCCCGAUAUCAGAGCCAGCAGCAAGCCAGCUUCUCCACUUGCUAGUGGCUUGAAAUCUAUGGUUCCCGUUGCUCCAAAUUCGCCAAAGAGAGUUGACUUGAGAAGUAAAAAGAAACUCCUACGAAGGCAUUCUAUGCAGAUUGAGCAGAUGAAGCAGCUGUCUGACUUUGAAGAAAUCAUGGCUUAGAACCCUUUAAAAACAGUUCCCCAACUCUUAAUCUUUAGAACAAAGAAGAAGCCUAAUCUAGAGCAACACAUCCCCAUAGCUCCCCUUCACCCCAAUCGUGAUGUGUGGCAACAUCAGGAAACAUGGUGACAGGGUGUAAGAUCACUUCUGAGCCAAACCCAUGGGUUAUCUGAGAGUGUUACUUUCGAGAUGUUCCCUGGUUGUUGCUGCUGCUGCCGCUGUUGUUGUGCAUACUAAAAAGAGCUCAGGUUAACUGGAUUUUUGAGAUGAAAGUACAGGCAUAAAAUAUAUUCCCCAAAGGAAAUACACCUUUGUAGCUGAAAAGUAACCAUGCAAUUCUAAUGGUUAGUAUUUUCUGCCAGAAAAGCAGAGAACAUAGCUUUAAAAUAAGAGGUUGUAUUUGGAAUAUGUCGUUUGUAGUCUAUAAAGUGCCU